AUGGUGGCAUCGGUCCAUGACAAUGUCUCCAUCGUCCCGCCGAAGCCCAGCUUUGACAUCAAUACCUACAGCCCAUUCCCCCAGCCGGUGAUUCAAUUGUGGGACAAGAUCCUUUCCGAGGAGCGAAGCAUGGAAGAAUUCAGGGAAAAAGACUGGCCUGUCUAUACGGGCUCAGAGAGCCAUGAUCUCUCGCCGAUCGUCCUCUCGUCACGAAGCACAAGUCUCGCCCAGCCGUCCCCUUCUCGUACACGACCUCGCCCAGUGAACCCGAAGAAAACCAGACCUCGUAAACGAGCGGCCGCGAACCGGAAUAUCACAAGAAUUCACAUGUCUGAUGAGAGCGACCAUGAGGAUCCUGUCUCUCCUGCAGCUGCAGCUGCAGUGGCAGGCUCCCCUCACAACGAGUCGAGUGAUGGCAAAGAGAACAGACAUCGAGUGAGUCACCUCAAACUACCGAAGACGAAAAAGAAACGGCGACCCCUAGACGAGAAUGCGCAGGCGAAAGGUCAACAAGAUAGUGAUAUGGAGGAGGAAGACGCCAUAUUUUCUUCAUUGGAGUCAUCAAAGCGAGACGACUUGGUUCGAUACAUCGGGCUGCAUCCUCUUUUGACAUCCGCGCAUCCCAUGAAGCAAUCCGUCUGGCGAAGGUACUUGAACGAUGUCCGCACCAAGGCUACCUCGGUCGGACUGUCCAAGCUACUGACCAAUCGCUUGGUUCGCUAUGUGCAAAGAAAUUACCUCGAGACGCCGGAUGGCUAUGACGCGGGUCCGUCAGAGCCAGAUUCUACCGUUUGCGAUGAACAGAUCACAAGUAGUGUGUCCAAGGCGAAAAUUGAAACACACACUCGCAAACGAUCUCGACAAAGCUCUGAACACCCCAGGGCCAAGAAGGCCAAAACACACGUCGUUUCUCCGGCUACAAGAGCUGCUCCAGACAGCGCAGCUGAAAGCCCAGUUGUCUUGAACCGUCCUGAAAUUUCUCUCAAAGUGGCCCGAAAAUGGAAGUCAAAUUUUACUUUCAAUAAUGCCGCUACUGCCAAUGAUCCGCCUUCCGUCGGCGAUGCUCCUCUUGUCGACGAUGCUCCUCUUAUCCACGAUGCUCCUCUUAUCCACGAUGCUCCUCUUAUCCACGAUGCUCCUCUUAUCCACGAUGACGAUGCUCCUACUUGGGUCGAUCUUCCUCCCGUCAAUGAUACCCCUACUGUCAGCGUGUCCCCUACUUUUGAAGAUGCUCCUACUUUUGUCCAUGUUUCUCCUGUUGACGAUGCUGCUCCUCUUGCCCAUCAUACUUCUGUCGCUGAUGCCUCUACCGUUGAGGAUAGGCCUUCUGUUGCUGAUUCUCCUAAAGCUGAUGAUAUGCCUUCUGUUGCCGACACUCUUACAUUUGAUGACAUGGCCUCUGUUGCCGAUGCUUCCUCUGUUUAUGAUGCUCAUGUUGUUGACGAUACCCAUGCUGUUGAUGAUUCUGCUGCUGUGGGCAAUCCCCGUUCUGCUGAGGACGCUUCGGGAGCUUGGAAGAGCAAGUCUCGCAAAAGCACCCAUGCUGAGCAGUCUCCACUAGCGCCCCAAGACGAGGGUCGUGCAUUAAGUACUGAAGCUGAAAUUACUCGAGAAAUGUCGCAUCCGCCACUCAACUCCCAAAUUACCAAUGACGAGACGGUCGCGAUGUCCAAAAAGGAAAAGAAGAAACAGAAAAAGCAGAAAAAACGGGAAUCGCAAAUUCAACGGGCAAUUGAUGUCCCUAAAACCACCCACAGUACGCUGACCCAUCGAUCCUCAAAGAAGGUGAUCCGUCGCCGGAGCUUGGUCUCAUCUGCGCCGUCUACCGAUUCGAAGCGGAAAAAAAGCAAAAAGCAGAGAGAAAAGGAUCGGAAGCGAAGAAAGUCCGAGCAAGAGCAGGGCAAUACAAGUGUCGAUAUGCACAAAGAAAAGCACAAGCACCAGCUCACGGAUGUGGCAAAGUCUUCGGAGAUGUCUCCAUCACGUCCUCAUACCCCCCAGCGACACAAUAAGCACCACAACACGAAUGUGGUAAAGCCUGUGGAGAUGUCUCCACCGCGUCCCCAUACCCCCCAGCCACAGAUUCGCCCAGCUUACGGUCAAUCGCAAAUGUCACCCCCGAGCAGUGCUCGCAAGUCCCCGUUUGCAGCACUAUCGCCCGAUCCUGCAAAAUGGGACAUGGAUUUUUGA